GAUUACAGUUGGGAAUAGAAAAGUGCACUACCUCCCAUAUUACCUUCCUUGCCCGGAAAUCUUCUCCAUGAAACUCCAAUAUACAGAAGAGAAGUUAAUCCAGCUUUUCCCCCAAUUAUUUUAUCAGCAACCAAGAGUGCUGGCUCCAAAGCGUCAGGAUGUGCUGACAGUCACACCAUGGCUGGCCCCCAUCAUCUGGGAAGGAACCUUCAAUUCUGAGAUACUAGACAGUGCCUACAGGCCACUGAAUCUCACCAUAGGGGUGACAGCCUUUGCCGUUGGAAAAUACACAAGGUUUGUGGGCCGCUUCUUGGAGUCAGCAGAGAAACAUUUCAUGAAAGGCUAUCGGGUGAACUAUUAUAUCUUCACUGACAACCCUGAGACAAUUCCCAACGUCCAGCUGCAACCUGGACGAAGGUUUGUUAUUGUCCCCAUCAAGAAAUACCCCAGCUGGCAAGAGAUCUCCAUGCGCAGGAUGGAGGCCAUAAACAAGCACAUAGCAGAGACGAGCCAUCGGGAGGUAGACUACCUCUUCUGCCUGGACAUUGACAUGGUGUUCUACGAUGCCUGGGGGCCUGAGACCCUGGGUGAUAUAGUGGCAGCCAUACACCCUGGCUAUUUCCAUGUCCCUCGAAGCCAGUUCCCUUACGAGAGGAGGAGCUCUUCAGCAGCCUACAUCCCUGAUGGAGAGGGGGACUUCUACUAUGGAGGAGCCGUGUUUGGAGGGCUGGUCAAGAAGGUCUAUGAGUUCACCAAGACUUGCCACAUGACCAUCCUGACGGACAAAGCCAAUGGGAUUAUGGCAGCCUGGCAGGAAGAAAGCCAUCUCAACAGGCAAUUCCUCUCCCACAAACCCUCCAAGGUGCUUUCUCCAGAGUAUUUAUGGGAUGACAGGAAGCCAAAGCCCCCUGAAAUUCACCUCAUCCGUUUUUCCACAGUGGAUAAAAACUACAAAGAGAUACGAGAUUGACCAUCUGAUCCCUGCAGAGAUGUCCUCCACACAGUCAAACCCACUGA